CGCAUCCGGCUUCCGCUCUCUGGGGUGUGCUGCUGUUGAUCUUCCGGCAGGCGGCCCGACGGCUUCCUGACCUUCUUCCGCGGUUUGCUGCGGGCUGGGUGUUCUUCCCGAAAUGAGUUUGGUGAUUAAAAAUCUGCAGCGGGUGGUCCCCAUCAGAAGAGUGCCGCUUCGAAGGAAGAUGGAUUUAGUCAGGAGUAUCUUAGGCGUGAAGAAAUUUGACCUGGGGAUCAUCUGUGUUGACAACAAGAAUAUUCAGAACAUUAAUAGGAUCUACAGGAAUAAAAAUGUCCCAACUGAUGUGCUUUCUUUCCCAUUUCAUGAGAAUCUGAAAGCAGGAGAGUUUCCUCAGCCACGCUCCCCGGAUGAUUAUAAUUUGGGAGAUAUUUUCCUAGGAGUGGAGUAUAUCCUCCAGCAUUGCAAAGAAAGUGAGGAUUACUACGAUGUUCUGACGGUGACAGCCACCCAUGGACUCUGUCACCUGCUGGGCUUCACCCACAGCUCCGAGGCUGAUUGGCAAGAGAUGUACAGCCAGGAGAGGCUAGUGCUGGAGGAACUGAGCCGCUACAUGGGAGCGAGGCUGCAGCCCCUGAGCAGAGGGCUCUACUGAGGCUCAAAGCUCUGAGAUGCAGAACGUGGCGGACAGAGUCCUGUCCCUCCACAGCGGAUCUCUGCUGGUCGUGCUGUCCCGAGGGCCUCAGCCCUCACUACAGCUUCACUCUGUGAGCGGACAUUGGCUCCGGGAAGGACUAAGGAAGUGCCUGUCGGGCUGUGCGGACUGUUGUAAACGGAAUAGGGCGUUCUAAGAGGAGAAACAUGGACGCUCUUCUGCUCCUUUGGGCUUCUAACUGUAGAGUCUGGGUGCACCGCCCUGUCUCCCUGAAGGGGAAGGAACAUGCCAGAACACUGAAGUCUAUUCUUCCUAGGAGGAUAGGCGCCUGCGUCUGCAGGCCCAAAAAGACAAGGGUCCCAGCCGACCCUCAGGAACUGUGUGACCUUUCUUUCUUUCUUCUUUUUUUUCUUUCUUCUUCUUCUUUUUUUUUUUUUUUUUUUUUUGGUUUUUCGAGACAGGGUUCCUCUUUGUAGAACUGGCUGUCCUAGAACUCACUCUUUAGACCAGGCUGGCCUCAAAGUCAGAAAUCUGCUUGCCUCUGCCCUCACCUUUCUUACUUUCUUUCUUUCUUUCUUUCUUUCUUUUUUUUUAUUUAAAGAUUUGUUUUAUAUAUGUGAGUACACUGUUGCUGUCUUCAGACACAUCAGAGAGGUCAUUAGAUCACAUUACAGAUGGUUGUGAGCCACCCAGAUGGUUGCUGGGAAUUGAACUCGGGACCUCUGGAAGAGCAGUCAGUGCUCUUAACCAUCACCUUUCUUAAGCUGUUGGCUGUCGACCCUAUAAGACAGCCCACUGACCCACAGAUCUUGUCUCCUAGGGUCAGAGAGUCAGCUGUGUUUCCCAUCUGUGUUGCUGUUUGUAAUUGUUUUAGAUGACAUUUAUUUUAUUUGGUGUGUGUAUGUGUGUGUGUGUUGGUAUUCUGUCUGGACUCCACAUCCCACAGUUACCUGGCAACAGCCUGGUAGGCCUGGCCCACUGUAGAAGGGGCUGCUUGCCCUUCCUUUCCCUCCUUCUCUCUUACUCUUGCCCUCUUGGGCUCUUCCCUCCCUCUCCCCUCCCCCCUCUCUCCACGUGGUCAUGGUGGCCUCUGCUUCUCUACUCUCUCCCUCUCUCUGCCUCUACUACCCUCUUUUUUUUUUUAAAUUUAUUUAUUAUUAUGUGUAAGUACACUGUCACUGUCUUCAGACACCAGAAGAGGGUGUUGGAUCUCAUUACAGAUGGUUGUGAGCCACCAUGUGGUUGCUGGGAUUUGAACUCAGGACCUUUGGAAGAGCAGUCAGUGCCCUUAACCACCAAGCCAUCUCUCCAGCCCCUCUACUACCCUCUUAACCCCCUCCCCAUGCCCUAAAUAAAGUCUAUUCUAUGCUAUA